AUGGCUGAUAUACCUGGCCAAGCCGGCCAAAACGCAGCCUCCCGGUCAUCUGCACCACGAGUACGCCUCACCUGCGAAGCAUGCCGCCAACGCAAGGUAAAAUGCGAUAAGCUCAGCCCAUGUACCAGCUGCCAGCGACUUGGCCUUGUCUGUGUCCCUGUGGAACGUGCUCGUCUUCCUCGUGGCCGCACGCGCAAACCAACAGAGAGAAUUGUGGGCUCGGACAAGGAGCUAUCGGAGCGGGUCGCCAAGCUCGAGAAGCUCCUUAAAAAAGUCGCGAACGAACGGGGCUCUGAAGAGCAAAGAUAUCCAACCCCUACUCCGCCUGUGGCUAAUAUUGAGCCAUCUCCUGUUCAAGGAAAGCAGGAAGUCGUGGCUGAGCCCGGCACUGUGGAGGCUGAUGCCUGGCAAGAUCAGAAUGAGUUAGUCCCCACAAACGUUCCUCGCCCUGGAACUGCGUAUAUGGGGGUUUCAUUUUGGGAGGAUAUCAUGCAGCAGACCCAAGAGCUGCGCAGCGUUCUAGAUGGCCGUCUAGAAAGCGAACAGCCUGAAUCCAAAGAUCCAGCCGUUGUGUUCGGAACAUCCAUUGUCAGUUCAGAAAGUCCAGAAAGCUCCGCGAUCUCAUUACAAUCAAGGAGUGGAGUGAAUCUACAGCCUCAUAUACGACACAAGCUAUGUGAUACUUUCUUCCAUAAUGUGGAUCCAUUAUUCAAGAUUCUCCACCGGCCAUCAAUGCAGGCAUUCCUCAAAGAAGGCAAGCCUUACCUCAGUUAUGACCGGGAUCAUCAGGCACCAGCCACCCUUGCAUCUGCUGUAUAUCUUGCAGCUGUGUGCACACUGAAUGACAGGGAAUGUCAGGCAUUUUUCAGUACAGACAAGAAGACUAUUGUUGCGGAAUUCCAAAAAGAGAGCGAGAUUGCACUUGCUAAGGUUGAUUUUGUCACUACUAAUGAUGUCACCGUUUUGCAGGCCUACAUUAUUUCUCUGCUUGCUGCACGAUCCCAGGAUCAAAGUCGACGAGUGUGGACCAUGUUGGCCAUGGCCCUUCGAGUGGGUCAAGCGUUGUCGCUCCACAUGCCCGAGCCCCCAUUCAACGUGCGUCCUUUCGAGCACGAGAUGCGAAGGCGCGCGUGGCUGGGUAUUGGCCUUCUUGAUGUAGCGGCUUCUCUGGACAGAGCAUCUGAGCCAAUGAUGCAAGCAGCCUGGCUCGACUACAACCCACCCUCGAACAUCAACGAUGAGGAUAUCUGGUUUGAUAUGACAGGACCUAUUCCCCAGCACCCAGAGGGGACAUUCACAGAUAUGACACAUACUUUAGUCAUUGCUGCCUCCUCGUCCGUGACCCGCUCACUCGCAUUUGCGGACUUCAUCGAGCCUACAGUCAAGAUCAUGAGUCUGCGACAGCAGAUCGUUCACGACUUCCAACAAAAGGCCUCCGAUUUGCUGAGCGGAUGCAGGCCUGACUUGUCAGACUUCCAGUGGUACGCGCAGAAGACCGCUGGUGUGAUGGGCAGUUGGCUCCAACUCGCCUGUCUCCGACCACUGCAGCGAAGCAAGAACUUCACGCCCCCGAAAGUUCACGGCGAUGCUUUACUUAAAAUCGCAGCAGACAAUUUGCAAUGGUCACAAGAGGCAUACGAUUACCCCGGCGCCUCAGAUUGGCGCUGGUAUGCAUCCAUGUGGGUUCCUUGGCACGCACUGGCCGUUGCCAUCGCCGAACUCUGCGUGUGCAAGAACUUGAGCGUCAUGUCAAAAUACUGGGGUGUCGUGGACAACGUCUACCAACGAUCGCGACUUGUCAUUGCAGACUCGCAGCAGGGAAUGCUUUGGAAACCCAUGGAGAGACUCAUGGCACAAGCAAUCAACCGGAGAAAGGAAUUGACUGAGUUGGAAGCUGCUCAAGGCGUGCCUCAGCAACCUCAGUAUGCCUAUAACAACAUGAACUCUGGCCUAGAUCCGCAUCAGUCAUUACAGCCUUUUACGGGAUUCUCGGUCGAGCUGGAAGAUGCUAUCAACCAGCCGCGCAAUACCCACAUUGCGGAGGUGCCGACGUCUUUUGCACCAGUGCCGUGGCCUAAUGUGUGGGAUGCCAUGGAUCUCAGUGACCCUACCCUGCAAGGAGGCUCUGACGACACGGCCUGGCUGAGCUAUGAGAACUUCAUUGAGAAUGUCUACGAUAGCGUAGACUCGAUUUUCUUGCCCAGGUGA